CGACCUUCCUUGCCCUUCACAUUAGCCUCCCCACACAACAUGGCGAGACUAUCGCUUGAUGAUUUUGACCAACAUAUCAGCAGUCUACGCGCCCAGCUGCUGUUUCUGAACGAGACUCUUGAGGCGACAGAUCAUAAUGCCCCCGACUGGCUGGCGACGGAUCUUAUAUCGUUGCGAAAUAAAUCGGGUAGACUGCAUGAUGACAUGAAGAGGUUUAGAGACCAGCUUGAAAGCGAAGGAUUGGCAGAGAAGAAGGUCAAGACUUCAAACAAGCGACUCAGCCUUGAAGGCGCAAAGCACGCUACGCCGACGCCCAACACCCAUACUUACGCAUCAAGUUCGCAUGCCAUAUCCCCUCUCACCGGCCAAUCACCCACCCCACGCGCAAAAACAGCGCAGGCGGAAGGAGCCCACCUAGUUCAGCACAUCGAUGUUACAGAAGAAGUCAAUAGGCGGCUACAGGAGAGCCGUUUACGGCGCUUGAUGCAGACUCCUAGCACGGCACAGAAGCGAAAAUACAAUGAAUACGAUGAUGCACCCAGCUCAGGCGGGCCAGCCGCGACAGAGGAAGAAGACUUGAAGAACCAGCAAAGUGGAGGUGAAUACGAGAAAACACCGACGAAACGGCUGAGGAGUAGUGGGGCAUUUGAGCAUACAAGAGACAGGAAAGACGACGGGCCUGUGAGGUAUGACACGGAGCGAUUUGACGACAGAACCGACGUAAAAAGACGAAAAUUUCGAUGAUGAUGCGCCGUCUCUCUGGCAAAAGGGUGCAAGGCCCUGGCAGCAUAACACGAGCUCCGCCGGUGCGCUGGUAGCGUAGCGAAUUCGCGGCAGGCAGUUGUGGUCUCAGAUCUAAAGUGCCUCAGCGUCACUUGUUUUGGAUAGAAAAUCGGUCCUAGUGCGACAAUGGAUCGCAUCGUUGUUUGGAUAUCGCGAGCUGGUUUGUACUGUACAUAC